ACAACUCAGAUAUCCCGUGGCUUGUGAUCACUGAUUUUGGUUUCUCUCUGACGUCGUUAUCCCUGUCUUUUCCCUGCGAUGAGGUCUGUCGUGGAGGCAAUCGGGCACUGAUGGCACCGGAGAUAAUAGGCGCUCAGAGCGGGCCUUUCGUACGACUGGAUUACUCGAGUUCAGACCUGUGGGCCGUCGGUGCCAUCGCUUAUGAAUUAUUCAAUGGAUUGAAUCCAUUCUAUCCGUAUCCGCAAAGAACCCAAUGCUUACAAAGUAAUUCUUACGAUGAAUUACAACUCCCGGAACCGCCCAUAGAUAUGCCGCCAUUGAUUCGGGCACUCGUUCUGUCGUUUUUAUCCAGAAAUCCAAAUAAAAGAACUCAAGUGACAACUGGAGUGAAUGUGUGUCACAUUUGCCUACAUAUGAGUCCUUCUCUGAUUCGCAAAGUGUUGGCAACCAAUUGUCACAUCAAAAGAUCCAAACUUGUGUUUCAAUGGAUUAAAACGCUUACAAUGACUACACUAUCGAAGAGAAGAACACAAUUCAAUUCAAGAGAGUUGUCUCAAAUUGAA